AUGUCGCUUUUGUGGUCUACCGCAGUCACGGACAUAGCACAUUUCCGAACGGCAAAAAACACCGAUAUUGGUCGUCUGAAGAUGUCACCCCUGACCCAUGUUGAACCCGCGACUGUGAAUGAUGGUUCCAUCAUUCCCCAUGGAUCAGAUGAAUGGAUUGCCAGGGACGAUGUAUUUGGAGAUGGGACCGGAAUCAGUAUGCAUACCUUGCAAGCCUUAUUCAAGGCCUCCAGACAGCUUGUGAUUCCUCGUCCCCAGAAAUCCUUCAAUGCCCUUGAUCUUACCCCUCUGGACAGUGAUCACCCUCAAGAGCCUGAUCAAAUAGAGACGGCGGCAAGCGGCUAG